AUGAAGAGAUUCCUCUUAUGUCUUUCCUAACUCUCUGCAGCUAGAUUGGUCGUUUCCUAUGAACAUGAAACCCGCUUGAUAAGUGAUCUCUUUAAGAACUACAACAAAUUUGUACGUCCAGUCGAAAAUUUCAGCGACAAAGUUGUGGUGACGGUCGGACUGCAGCUCAUUCAGCUCAUUAAUGUGGAUGAAGUGAAUCAAAUUGUAGCAACAAACGUUCGGGUGAAACAGCAAUGGGUGGAUGUGAACCUAAAAUGGAAUCCAGCAGAUUAUGGAGGAACACAGAAAAUCCGGAUACCUUCCAGUGAUAUUUGGCGCCCAGAUUUUGUUUUGUACAACAAUGCUGAUGGGGACUUUGCUCUUGUCAAAGAUACCAAGGUCCUUGUGGAUUACACAGGCAAAAUUACAUGGAUGCCUCCAGCUAUUUUCAAAAGCUACUGUGAGAUUAUAGUCACAUAUUUCCCAUUCGACCAGCAGAACUGCAGCAUGAAGCUCGGUACAUGGACCUAUGAUGGCAAAUUGGUGGUCAUAAACCCGGAAAGUGACCGUCCAGACCUCAGUAACUUCAUGGAGAGUGGGGAGUGGAAGAUGAAGGAUUAUCGCUGCUGGAAGCACUGGGUUUUCUAUACCUGCUGUCCUGACGUUCCAUACCUGGACAUCACCUACCACUUUGUUCUGCAGAGGCUGCCUCUUUACUUUAUUGUCAAUGUCAUCAUUCCUUGUCUGCUCUUCUCAUUUCUGACUGGUUUAGUGUUCUAUCUUCCCACGGAUUCAGGUGAAAAAAUGACCCUCAGUAUCUCUGUCCUGCUGUCCCUCACUGUGUUUCUUCUGGUCAUUGUUGAACUGAUUCCAUCAACCUCGAGUGCUGUUCCCCUGAUUGCAAAAUACAUGUUAUUCACUAUGGUACUAGUCAUAGCAUCAAUUAUUAUUACUGUCAUUGUGAUCAACACUCAUCACCGCUCUCCAAGUACUCAUGUCAUGCCUGCCUGGGUCAGGAAGAUAUUUAUUGACACAAUCCCAAAUUUGAUGUUCUUCUCCACCAUGAAACGCCCUUCACAAGAAAAACAGACCCCGAAGAUUUUUGCAGAAGACAUUGACAUAUCAGAAAUUUCUGGAAAACUGGGUCCAGCUGCUGUGACCUACCAGUCACCAAUCUUGAAGAACCCUGAAGUGAAGAGUGCUAUAGAAGGAGUCAAGUAUAUAGCAGAAACCAUGAAAUCUGACCAGGAAUCCAAUAAGGCAUCAGAAGAAUGGAAGUUUGUUGCAAUGGUGCUCGAUCAUGUCCUCUUGGCAGGCUUCAUGAUAGUCUGUGUCACCGGAACACUCGCUGUGUUCGCAGGGCGCCUUAUUGAGCUAAAUUCACAGGAAUGA